AUCCUGAUGGUGAGCGCUUCCUGAUGGUGAGCUUCCUGCUGGUGAGGGUAUCCUGCCUAGCGCCGACUCUCCUUGUCACCCCAAGCCUCCUCUCUCGGACCCUUCGUGGCAGGCCCCAGAACCACUCAAGGACACGUCUGCAGGUGGAAAACCAUGGAGCGCCACGUCCAGCGGGUUCGCGACGCCUUCCGGACCGGCCGGUCGCGACCCCUGCCGUUCCGGCUGCAGCAGCUGGAGGCUCUGCGCAGGAUGGUGCAGGAACAGGAGAAGGACAUUCUGGCAGCCAUCGCCUCCGACUUGUGCAAGAGUGAACUUAAUGCAUACAGUCAAGAAGUCAUUACCAUUCUUGGGGAAAUUGAUCUUGUGCUAGAGAAGCUUCCUGAAUGGGUCACUGGUAAACCAGCCCAGAAGAACCUGCUCACCAUGCUGGAUGAGGCCUACAUUCAACCAGAGCCCUUGGGAGUAGUGUUGAUUAUAGGAGCUUGGAACUACCCCUUUGUUCUCAGCAUUCAGCCACUGAUAGGAGCCAUUGCUGCAGGAAAUGCUGUGAUUAUCAAGCCUUCUGAAGUAAGUGAAAAUACAGCCAACAUCUUGUCUAGGCUCCUUCCCCAGUAUUUAGACCAGGACCUGUAUGUUGUUGUUAAUGGCGGUGUUGACAAAACCACAGAGCUUCUGAAGCAGCGAUUUGACCACAUUUUUUAUACUGGAAACACUGCAGUUGGAAAAAUUGUCAUGCAAGCUGCUGCCAAGCAUCUGACUCCUGUGACCCUUGAACUGGGAGGCAAGAGUCCAUGUUACAUUGACAAAGAUUGUGACCUGGACAUCGCCUGCAGACGCAUAGCUUGGGGGAAGUACAUGAACUGCGGUCAAACCUGCAUUGCUCCUGACUACAUUCUCUGUGAACCAUGUAUCCAGAAUCAAGUCGUGCAGAAGAUUAAGGACAAUGUGAAGGAAUUUUAUGGAGAAAACAUAAAAGAAUCUCCUGAUUAUGAAAGAAUCAUCAAUCUUCGUCAUUUUAAGAGAUUACUAAGUUUGCUUGAAGGACAAAAGAUAGCUUUUGGUGGGGACACUGACGAAGCCACCCGCUACAUAGCCCCAACAAUACUUACUGACGUUGAUCCUGAAACCAAGGUGAUGCAAGAAGAAAUUUUUGGACCAAUUCUUCCAAUAGUGCCUGUGAAGAAUGAGGAUGAAGCCAUAAAAUUCAUAAAUGAACGUGAAAAGCCCUUGGCUCUUUAUGUGUUUUCUCAUAACAAUAAGCUUGUCCGACGGAUGAUUGACAGCACAUCCAGCGGCGGAGUCACAGCCAACGACGUGAUCAUGCACUUCAUGCUCAGCUCUCUGCCCUUCGGAGGCGUGGGUUCAAGCGGGAUGGGAGCUUAUCACGGACAACAUAGUUUCAAUACUUUUUCUCAUCACCGUGCCUGUUUAUUAAAGAGUUUAAAGAGAGAAAGUGCUAACAAACUCAGAUAUCCUCCCAACAGCCAGUCAAAGGUGAACUGGGCCAAGUUUUUCCUCUUGAAACGGUUCAGCAAAGGAAAACUCAGCCUGCUGUUCCUCGCUUUCCUGGGCAUCAUGGCCGCUGUGUUCGUCAAGGCUGGAUACUACUGAAGAGUGAUCCUGUUCAACCUCCUUCCUAGGUGCCUCCGCUGGAUUCUUCCUCUGUCAAAUAGUUAAUGAACCAGUAAUGUUAACAUCUUACCAGAAACAGUAAGAAAAUAUACAGUACUGUAAUCAGCCCUAAAAGUCAUUGCCAAGCACCCCUGAUUAAACUUGCCAUUUCAGCCCAAGCCCAACACCACCCCCCCUAAGUGAAGAGACUCGGAAAACCCGCUCUGGAUUGUGGUACCCAGAUCUUAGCGCUCUGGGCUAGGGGAGGAGAGUGUCUUAGGCUAAACCGCGCUCCCUGGGAGAUGGAGUCUCAGAACCUCUCAGUGACUGUCUCACUCCAGUUCAUGGCUCAAGGGACACCCGUCCGUCCCAGCUGCUGCCUCCAUCACUCUGGAAACUUCGAAGAGCUCACCACUACCCAGGGUCACCACCAGUCCUCUGCAAUCCGCAGAGAUGAGACAGAUCUUCCCAGGCACCUGAACGGGGUGGGAUGCAGGAAGAGUCCUUGUCCCUUGUCCCUUGGGACUGGAGACCUGACCUCCAGGAGUUGGCCCUUCCAUCAAAUGCGCCACCUGACCAGUGCUUUUCAUCCUUUCUCAUCCACUCACCGCCUUGCCUUGUGUCUGGUUUGUAUCAGCCUCUUCUCCCUGUCCACAAGGUCUCGUUGUGACCAGUCACAUCCGAAGCAUCUUAUAAAUCCUGGGACUUCCUGGAGGACAGUUGCCAGUUUCAUUCAAGUGUCACCUGUCAUUCUUAUGAUGCAGGAGUUGUACACUUCCACCUCUGACAGAACCUAACUGGCAUUUUUAAAUGUAGUAAUAACAGUACUGUACUUAUAACAGCACUGACCCUCUGUCAGGACCCUGAAGUUGCUAAUGAGUGGACCUCCAAGGACAAAUCUUCAUGUUUUUUAUUUCUAUAGCAUAAUGAAACUCAAUUUCACUUUUUUAAACUUCAGAGAGGCCCCUUCUGAAAUAAAUCCAACCUACAGAACUUAACGUGGGGAAACCAUUUCCUCUCUGUCAUGGACAAGAAGCCCUGAAUAUUCAGGAUUUUGGAGCUUGAGAGCCUGGGGCUGAUGGUGAUUAUUUGGAGAAGGCUGCAGAAGGACUCUGUACAUCAUAGCAGCUCGCGGUGCUGAAGGGGAUGGAGAAUGGAGGGAGUUCUCCUGACCAUAGACAAGACCCAGAUACUGCGCAGUACUGAGGAGGGGUCCGGUGGAGGGUAGCCACCUGUGGGCAGGGCCGUGUGACUGGCUGAGGGUGCCCUACUCUUCCUCCCUUUUGAAAACAGACUCCACCCACACAGUGAGAAUGUACUUUAUAGAAUGUAUAAUCAACUUUGUUGAAUGAAUUUGUUCUAUUAAAGCUGUCUAAAGUAUGUUAGUCUUUAUCACAAGAUGAGGUGUCAAGAAUUAAUCACUAGACUAGGAAAAAGCUGCUUCAACUGUGUCUCCAACUAUCAGAAUAAUCAAUUAUUAAAAAGUCCUAGACACAGUUUCAAUAUAGCAUUCUCAUUUAGCAUAUUGUACACUACUAUAAUUCCUAGUUAAACCAAAUUAUUGACUUGUCUACAAGUAUGUUCUUCAAAAUAAACACAUUAUAUUUGAU